AGAGAGCACUCCUAAAAUAGCAGCGAGAGCUUCUAGCGCAGGCUAGACUGCUGGCUGAUGGUGUUAAUAUAAGGUCAGUGUGUGUAUUCGUGUGGCUGUUGUUCGUGCUAUAAACGCGCACGCACAGUGAGAGCAGUGCAGCGGGGUUGUUCAUAAAUCUUAGUCCAGUAUUCAGGCUGGAGGAGUAGAGGAUCAGUGUAAAUAAGCGCUGAGAGCGGCUCUAUUCUCCCACACUGACUCAGUAGCGCCCACAUUCCCUUCCCUUCCUCCUCCGGACCAAACACUCAGCCAUAUUGCUGCUGUUGCUGCGGCUCACAGGGGGCUGGAAGUUUACCCUGGCUGUGAGAAACAGUGCCAGAGAAGUUGGAAGAGCAGAAAAUAAGGACGGGGACUAGCUAAGAGCGCUUGGUUUGGAUUUUAAACCGGACUGUUGUUACUGAGAGACACUUCUAUCCCUAUUUGCCCUAUUGCCCGGGCUAAUCCCGCCGCUGCCGCGGUGCUGGUUACUGAAAGAUGGUGGACCGCUUGGCAAACAGCGAGGCGAACUCCAAGCGCAUUGCGGUGGUGGAGGGCUGCUUCGGCACGGCCGGUCAGCCGCUGGCCAUCCCAGGGCGCGUGCUAAUCGGAGAGGGCGUGCUCACCAAACUGUGCCGCAAGAAGCCCAAAGCGCGCCAGUUCUUCCUCUUCAAUGACAUCCUGGUGUAUGGCAACAUCGUCAUCCAGAAGAAGAAGUACAACAAGCAGCACAUCAUCCCGCUGGAGAGCGUCACCAUCGACACGGUGGCUGACGAGGGAGACCUGCGGAACGGCUGGCUCAUCAAGACCCCCACCAAAUCCUUUGCGGUGUACGCCGCCACAGCCACGGAGAAGUCUGAGUGGAUGAAUCACAUCAGCAAGUGUGUGUCAGACCUGCUGGAGAAGAGCGGCAAGUCGCCCACUGGCGAGCAUGCAGCGGUGUGGGUGCCGGACUCUGAGGCGUCGGUAUGCAUGCGCUGCCAGAAGGUGAAGUUCACCCCCGUCAGCAGACGUCAUCACUGCAGAAAGUGCGGCUUUGUGGUGUGCGGGCCCUGCUCUGAGAAGAAGUUCUUGCUGCCCAGCCAGUCUUCGAAACCGGUCCGUGUGUGUGAGUUCUGCUAUGAGCAGCUCUCCACGGAGGCCAGCCUGCCGGUCCGCUCGAACUCCUACAGCCGCACACCUACCAGCAAGUUCCUCACCAACAAUGUCUCUGACGACGACGAUGAGGACGACAGCAGUGACUGAGGGGCAGAUGCCUCCCCUUUUUCUUUUUUUUAGGAAUAUUAGAUAUCUUCUCGUUUAGUUCCAAUGUGCUUUAGUAUCUCGACGUUUUCCUUGUAGAGAUUUGAAAAAAGCAAGGAUUCCUGAGAUGUUAUUCGGUCGGCAGCAGCAGUUCUGAAGAAGAAACGCAAUAAGUGUAUUUCAAAUGUAUAUUGGUUAUGUAUAUGUGGAUGAAAAAAGGCUUGAUAGGAAUCCUGAAAUCCUGCCUACAACUAAACAUUACUCCCAGACUCAGUUACUUUAAGGUCACUGAAUCAACUGCAUGUUUGAUUAUGUGCGUUUGAUUUAGUGUCUGCCCUUGGCACAUUCAUGUGACGGCCCACUACAGGAGAUGCAUUAACCUUAAUUGGUAAUUUCAGCCUCUGUUCAUACUCUAGCUGCUUUUAAUGUACCUGAUUUACUAUUUUUUUUAAUCCAAUGAAUCUUCAAGUGUGUCUGCCAUGAUACUGCUGUUUCUGCAGGGAAGAGUAAGUGAGUUCAGCUGUGUCUGUGCUAAUCGUGUGUAUGCUGACUGCAAAAAAAAUAAUCUUCAGGUAAAACUGUCUGGUUUGUAUUGGGUAGGGUUAUUACAGUAUUUUUCUAGACAUGCCCUUAUACAGUUUCCUCUAGUAUAGCAGGGCUAACAAAACUAAGUAAGAAAAGUAUGCAUAUUUUGGAAGGUCUGUACAUUUUAACUUUAGCUCUUUGGUCCGCUGACCUCGCCGAUUUUUGCUAAUGACAAAUCGGUUAGAAGCUUUUUGAGUUAAGUUGUUAAUAAAAUAUGUGUAUAUUAUGUGGAAUGUAGUUGGUUGAUACCAAAACAUUCUGACAGUCUGACAAAGGCCUUUAUUGCCACAGUGCCUUCUUAAAUGUUUUUCAGAAGAAAAUUAUUUGAAUCAACUUAGAAUAGCCAUUGUUAAGGAAUAUAAUGUUAUAAAACAAUCAGAGCAGAAUGAUGACUUCAUCAUCAGGUCUGGUCUUAUUUUUACUAACUAACUAACUAACUUAGCAAAGCUGGCUAAGAAUAUAGAAUAUAGCAACAUGUGAAGUUGUGAUAAUGUACA